AUUAUGAGCAAAACAUUUCCCAGAAAAUUAGUUUAUUAUGGAAAGGCGUGUAAUACUUGCACACAAAUCUGUUGUUGGUGAUCACAAUAUUUUUGCAUGUUGAAUUGUCCCAACCCCCACGCAUGAGUUGAUCAGAAGCCCAAUUCUUUCGCCUCUGCGCUUGCUUCGCAAUCUUAAUUUCUUGCUCCAUUCGCGUCCCUCUCUCGAGAUCCAAAAGACCAUUUCCUGCAGCUUAUAUAUAUAAGCAUUACUCAUCGAUCCCAUAUCCCCACUCCUCAGUCGCCAGUUUUUUUCCAUCUCUCACUCUCAUCGCUUUCCUUAAUUUGCAGAAUGGCUAAUUCGACCCUACUACAUUCUAUCUUUUUUCUAGCAUUAAUGGCAUUAUGUUUUUCUCAGGUUAGUUCCACCUCCAGGAGAGCGUUGGAUCAGCUUAAAAAAACUGCCUUCACUGUCACUCUCCGUCAUGUGGAUUCUGGUAAGAACUUGACCAAGUUCGAGCGUAUCCAGCGAGGGAUCAAGCGCGGUAAUAACAGGUUGCAGAGGUUCAAUUCGAUGGUUCUUGCGGCGGCGGUUGAUGAUCAAGUUCAAUCUCCCAUCAUGGCUGGAAACGGUGAGUAUCUCAUGGACUUAUCCAUUGGGACGCCACCAGAUAGUUACUCUGCAAUCUUGGAUACGGGAAGUGAUCUGAUAUGGACGCAGUGCAAGCCUUGCACGGAGUGUUUUCAGCAGCCCACGCCCAUUUUUGAUCCGAAAAAAUCAUCUUCCUUCUCCAAGUUAUCUUGCUCCAGUGAUCUCUGUGAAGCCCUACCCCAGUCCACAUGCGACCGCGACGGUUGCGAGUAUCUCUAUAGCUACGGUGACUAUUCCACCACGCAGGGGUUCAUGGCCACCGAAACAUUCACGUUCGGAGAUGCUUCGGUUCGUAAAGUCGGGUUCGGAUGCGGAGAAGAAAACCAGGGAGAUGGGUUCAGCCAGGGAGCAGGACUUGUGGGGCUAGGACGUGGACCCCUCUCGCUGGUUUCUCAGAUGAAGGAAACCAAAUUUUCUUACUGUCUUACGCCCGUGGAUGACACGAAAAAGAGCAAACUCUUGAUUGGAUCUACAGCAAGCGUGGACAGCAGCUCAUUAUUAACCACCCCAUUACUCAAAAACCCAUCACAGCCAACUUUUUACUACCUUCCCCUCCAAGGCAUUUCCGUAGGGGACACUCGAUUGCCCAUUAAGCAAUCCACCUUCUCUAUCCAAGAGGAUGGCAGUGGUGGCAUGAUAAUCGACUCUGGUACCACGAUUACCUAUCUUGAAGAAAGCGCCUUCGAUGCGUUGGCCGAAGAAUUCACCUCUCAGGUGAAGCUUCCCGUGGACAAAUCCGACGGUACAGGGUUAGACGUGUGCUUCAACUUGCCUUCAGAUACGAAGGAAGUGGAGGUGCCGAAGUUGGUAUUCCAUUUCGAGGGGGCGGAUGUAGAAUUACCAAGUGACAACUACAUGAUAGGGGAUUCGAGUAUGGGGGUUGUUUGCUUGGCAAUGGGGAGUUCCAGUGGGUUAUCCAUUUUGGGGAACCUGCAGCAGCAGAAUAUGUUGGUGAUUUACGACCUUGCCAAGGAAACAAUGUCUUUCCAGCAUACACAGUGUGACCAAUUGUAAUUCUCUUUUAACAAGUGCGAUAAUUAGAUUCAUGAUUUACAUAUAUAUACUUAAAACAAAGUAGUUGUUUGCCUGUGUCUGUUUUUGUGGUCCCUCUAAAACUGUCAUGUUUGAUUUCGUGGAGAUUGUUAUAAAUUCCGAAGAUGAUUAAUUAAAGUCAAUAAAAAACCAAGUUUUAU